AAUGGAACAAAAAACUUCAAAACGAAUGUUACCUUUGGAUAGUAACUUUGAGCAUGCUGAAUUCAUUUCAGCUCGAACUGACACUAAAUAGCGCUUAGGAGAAUUAUUUAUUUAACACCCUACUAAAUUAGAAAGUAUCAUUAAUGCAUUUACUCAUUAAGUGUUUGGUUUGAGAUAAGUAAGCUCCAAAAUUCCCAAGUUUAAGCACCCAAAACCUCUUUUUGAAUUACCCAUGAGUGAUACCUAAAGGUCUUUGACUCAUCAGACAACGUCGAUUAUUGAUUGUAGCAAAUGUAAUUAGAGUCUCUCAAAGAUGAUAAAUAAUAAAAGCCAUCAUGAGCAAUUAAUUCUUUCAUAACCUACUUUAGUAGCAGAGGAGAAGAAGGAAAUUCAAGUGUAACCUCCGAAAAGGUUAGUCAGUCAUCAUGGAAGAUAAAAGAAUGAGUUGCCUCCCAUACUGGCUCACCCUCAUAUUUCACCUCCUCCUUUUUUUUAAUAAUCUCCUAAGGCCUAAAGAAAAUAGAAAACAAUGGGAAAACUUUCUUUCGGAAGAAUCUCAAAAAACUUUGAUCACGAACUCAUGCAAGUCAUUUAAUCAGAACUUCAGAAGUAAUUCAACAAUAACCUACCAAAAGAAUAACCUAUUACUAAGAUGCUUUAGAGGCAUGUAUAAAUAUAUGACUUAUAUAAUUCAGCAAAAUCUUAAAAGGUCCAAAUUAAUUACCCUUAGUCAAGCCAUCAAGGAAUUUAAGAAGUCAGUACAGACAGAGGACAAGUCAAAUACUUUUGAACUUUUCAAAUUAAAAGAAAAAGAAUUAAACUAAUUAAUAUCGGGGCAUAAUUAUGAAAUUUAUUAAACUAUUGAUGAUAUAAUAUGA